AUGUCGUGGAAAUUGAGGGAUUAUUUGGAACAAGUUAGGGACGCGAUUGAGUACAAGGAGGGUGCCACGCUUGCGUCACUGCUGUCCAUCACAUCCGCUGACAACAGGCAGCGGAUAGCGCAGGCAUUCAGAGCAAACCCUCGGCUCAAUGUGAACUCAGAGGUGAGCUUCCUGGCCCCUCCUUGGAACGACAUCCUCGCCAACCUGGUCAAGGCGGCGCAAGCAUACGACAACAACCACUUUGCAGAGGCGUACGGAUGUCUUGUCACCACUUUCCUGGGUUUCCUGCACGACUUUCGAAAUUCGGAAACGCCAUGGAACAUGCGGGCGGUGCACAUGCUGUCCAAGGACAUGAAGAUACUCGCAGAAAAGGCUGACCAAGAGCUAGGCUUGGAGGGCAGCGAGGAGGGUAAGCAGUACGACGUGGGCCGGCGGCUCAACGGGGCUUUCCCUGCCUUUGGUUCCAAGGUCAAGCGGCCCGGCAUGCUGUUCAUAGUCAACCUCCUCUUCCGGAUCUACUUUAGGUUGAACACCAUUAAGCUAUGCCGCAACCUGAUCAACGUCAUCGAGCCACGGGCGCCCGCUGUCGGAACUGACUUUAGCACCUUCCCUGCGGGAGAGAGGGUGACUUACUGCUUCUACACCGGUCGUUUGGCGGUCUUUGAUGACGACUUCGUUCGGGCGAAUCAGCAGUUGUCGUUCGCGUUCGAGCACUGUCACCGAAACCACGCGCGGAACCAGCGGCGGAUUCUCAAGUACCUCAUUCCCGUCAAGCUCACGCUGGGGAGCCUGCCAAACCUGGACCUUGUUCGACGACACAACCUCACAGAGUACGAGGACUUCGUCGUGGCCGUACGAACGGGGAACAUCCAGCUGUUUGAACGCGCCCUAGAAACCAAUGAGGUCAGGUUCCUUAAGUCGGGCGUAUACCUGACCCUCGAACGGUUGCGUGCCUACGUGUACCGGACGUUGAUCAAGCGGAUCGCCUCCAUCCAGGCUCAACGACAGCCUGACACGUGGCACCAGAUGAAGCUGUCGCUCAUACGGACGGCUCUCAAGUCGUUAGGGGACGAAAUGGACGACGAUGAGGUUGAGUGUCUUCUAGCAAACCUGAUAUACAGAGGGGCGAUCAAGGGCUACUUGCAUCACCGAAACAAGAUCAUGGUGCUGGGCAAGACGGGGGCGUUUCCAAAACUGAGUACACUAUCGCCCAGUUGACGUAGUGGAAAGUUGCUGCCUUGCGUCAUAAGCCUAGCACGAUUGCUUCGAAUGCCUUGCUGAGCAUGAGCGGAAACGCCGUUUUAUUCGCAUACCGGUUGCCCCUCAGAAAGUUAUCUAGCUUGGGGCCGUGCCCAGUUCCAAGAUGGCAUGCCCGAGCCCAGUCCGUCGAAAGCAUGCACAAUCCACUCCUUUUGAAUCGACUUUC